AUGCCCAAACGAGAGAUUCAUUCCACGCCUCUGAUCAGCCAGUCCACUCCUCGAUCACACUCCAUUAUGCGCCAUGAACAAAGUCUCCGGCAGGGACUGCGCCCUCAACUAUCUUCCCCUCCAAGACGCGGCUACAAAACAGUCCAACAAGCAAAAGACCGUGCAAAACUAGGCCCCUUCUCCUGGCAAGCCGGCAUCCUCUUCCUCUUCGCCGGCGUCGGCCUAACAAUCUACUUCCGCUACGAGAAAGCGCGCAUGGCGCGCGCCCGCAUCGCCGAAGCAAACAAAGGCAUCGGCAAACCGCUCAUCGGCGGCCCCUUCCACCUCACCACCACGAGCGGCGCGGAUUUCACCGACGCCAACAUCAAGGGCAAGUACAGCCUGAUCUACUUCGGCUUCACGCACUGCCCGGACAUCUGCCCGGAAGAGCUGGACAAGAUGGCGGGCAUGAUUGACCUGGUGAAGGCGAAGCAUGGGAACGUGCUGCGCCCGCUGUUCAUCUCGUGCGACCCGGCGCGCGAUACGCCGGAGGUGAUUGAGAAGUAUUUGGUGGAGUUUCACCCGGAUAUUGUGGGCAUGACGGGGACGUGGCAGGAGGUCAAGGAUGUGUGCAAGGCGUACCGUGUGUACUUUUCUACGCCGCCGGAUGUCAAGCCGGGGCAGGAUUACUUGGUGGAUCACAGCAUAUACUUCUAUCUGAUGGAUCCUGACGGCGAUUUUGUGGAGGCCAUCGGGCGCAACUUCACGAUGGAUGCCGCGGCGAAGGUCAUCAAUGAUCAUGUGGGGGAUUGGAAGGGGAAGCUGGACAAGGCGUAG